AUGCUUGGGAUGCAUUUUUGGAGGGGUGAAGGGGUGUUUGAUUUUGCCGGGCGUUUGUUUUGGUUUGAUUUGAGUUGUGGGAUUAUUGCUUGGGAUGAUGAUGACCCUUUUGAUGGUGUGGAGAAUGAGAAGGAGCGUGCUCGAUGUCGGUUUAUUCCGCUUCCUGAGGGGUCUGAGAAGCCAUUCAAUACUCCUAAACUGGAGGAUGAACGGGGCAUUUUCGGAAGUGGAGAGUGUAUUCACUAUAUCGAUACAUCCAGAGAAGGAGAUCAUUGGUUGAAGGUCUGGAGGUUAAAGGAUUAUAAAUCAAGUGUAAAUGAAUGGAAUAUGGUUUAUAAAGUGCCUGUUGAUAGUUAUUUGGAUUUGAUGAAGAAGCCUUUACUCCGGUCUUGUUUCUUCCAUCCUUUUGAGGUGGAUACUGUCUUCUUUGAGACGGGAGAUCGUAUUUUUUCCUAUAAUUUCUUGACUCGAAAUGUGGAGACUACUGCCAGCUUCACUGAGCAUAAGUUUGUUAUCCCAUUUGUGCUCCCAUGUUGGCCAACUUCACUCCCCCCACGGUUGUAUGCUGCCUAUGAGAAAGACAACGGCAAUGGAUUCUUCAAGAACAAGAAAUUCGACGAAGCUAUAAAAUGCUACUCCAGAAGCAUAGCUCUGUCACCUAAUGCUUUCGCUUAUGCAAACAGGGCAUUGGCAUAUCUCAAGGUCGGUAGAUACCAUGAGACCGAGGACGAUUGUACUGAGGCCUUGAACUUGGGCAGCAAGUAUUUCAAAGUAUAUGCACGCAGAGCAACAGCUAGAAAAGAACUCGGUAACCUUGAAGGAUCUAUGAAGGAUAUUGUAUAUGCCUUGAAGUUGGAGCCAAAUGACCAAGAAAUGAAGAAGCAACUUGCUGAAAUCAAGACCUUUCUUGAGAAGGUUUCCUAUAUGGGAUGUGAGUAUGAUGAUGGAGGUGCAGCUUGUGAUGUUCACAUGGAGGAUAAGCAGCACACUAAUUAAUCUGAACAGCAGGUUGCUUCAAUUCCUCUUGUGAGAAGAAAGCCUUAAUUAUCAACUUAAUGCCUGAACUAAUCUAGUAGUCCCUCUCUGUCUCUGGUAUUUUAUUAAGUAGAUGUUCUGAGCUGAUAUCAGUUCUGUUGAUAUGUCUAAUGUUGCAAUAGACUAAUUUAUGUAAGAUGACUGCGCGGCUUUAUAACUUCCACGUGUAUGGAUUGUUAAUAUCUGAAAAUUUGGGAACUUCCACUUUA